AUGCAGUAUUUAUUUAUAUUAUUAAAUAUUGUCUAUGGUAUCGGUUUACUAUUGUUUCUAAAUGGUUUUUUACUAACCCGUCGUACGAUUCUUCAGAAUUCCACUGAUAUAUCAUCUCAACAACAGUUUAAAAAUGGUAGUAGUGAAUUUAAUCAAAUUGUUCUUUUGGUUAUUGAUGCACUGCGCUAUGAUUUUAUUCAACCACAACAGCAUACCAAAUUAAAUCCUUUUUAUCAUAAUCAAAUGUCCCAUGUUCAACAGCUACUCAUUCGCCAUCCUCGACAAGCACGUCUUGUUAAAUUACAUGCUGAUCCACCAACAACAACGUUACAACGUUUGAAAGCUCUAACAACUGGUACAUUACCAACAUUUAUCGAUUUUUCAUAUAAUUUUUUUGGCUAUGAAGUCAAUGAAGACAACAUUCUAUUUCAAUCACAUAACAACAACAAGUGGAAUAUAUCAUUUUUAGGUGAUGAUACGUGGUUAACACUUUAUCCAACUAUGUUUCAUCGCCACCAUGCAUAUCCAUCAUUUAAUGUAUACGAUUUAGAUACAGUUGACAAUGGAAUAUUAGAACAUUUAGAUGAAUUAAUUAAACAACAAAAAUCAUUUAUUAUUGCACAUUUUCUAGGUGUUGAUCAUUGUGGUCACCGUUAUAGUCCAUCACAUACUGAAAUGUCUCGAAAACUACGUCAAAUGGAUAUGGUUAUUCUCAAUAUUACAUCACAAUUGAAAUCAAAUAGUCUUUUAAUUGUUGUCGGUGAUCAUGGUAUGACAUCAUCAGGUGAUCAUGGUGGCGAUGAAUUAAAUGAAAUUGAAACAGCCAUGUUUGUUUAUACAAAUAAACAAAAUUAUUUUACUUUGUUAGAAGAUUCAUCCACUACGAUUCAUUACUCUCAAAUGGACUUUGUACCGACUCUUAGUUGGUAUUUACAAAUAUUAGUUCCAUAUUCAAAUUUGGGUUUCGUUAUUAAUGAACUGAUACCCGAACACGAACAUUUAGACGCAAUGAAACAAAAUUUUAAUCAAAUUCGUUUAUAUUUAUCGAAAUUAUCAUCUGUCGAUUCAACGCUAAAGUUAUCAAAUGAAUUGACUAUGUUAUAUUCUCGAUUAAAUUCAA